AUGGCCCACCAGCCUUCCGUGCGGCCUGCUGUGCCGCCUCCAUCCCAGGCAGCCUCCAACGCCGCCGCCGCCCUUCAAGGAGCCAACCUCGCCUUCGCCCGAACCACGGCCUCGAGACCCAUACCACCCGCCAAACGAGUGCUCCCCAACGGCGCCCUCUAUGCCGCCGCGACGGCCUCGAUCCGCGACAGGAGCCGCAGCCGCAGCCCAGCCCCGUCCCAGAGCCGGCAGACGACCGGCGGCACCGACGGCACCACCGAGCACGCCCGCCGGCCUCGUCUCGCCUCGAGCCCGCCGCCCGCCGCCCGCCUGUCUCCGUCCUCUGCCGCCAAGCCCACGAGCUACGACACGAAGAGCCCCUCGUACAUCGCCGCCACCCUCGCCGCCUCGCGCUCCGCCUCGCCGAGCCCCAAUGCCAACACCCCUGUUCCGUGCCUGCCCGUCGCCCGCCGCAGGACCAGUGUCAACAGCCUCAGCGGCGCCAGCAGCCUCGACCUGCCGGACACGAGCUCCAUCGCGCCGACGACGAACCUGAUCUCCAUGUUCGAGAGGAGAGAAGACGAAGACAACGGCAACGGUGACGACGUGGAGCCCAUGAAAAAGAGGACGCCCGUCAGACGACCCACCGCCAUGCGGCGUGUGCCCCAGCUGAGGGCCAUGACGCCCGAGCGAGAAAUCAGUCCACAGGGCAGGCGCACGCCGCCGGUGCGCGACCCUGGCUCGCUCGCGACGGAGGAAACGACACCAACAGCGAGGGCGAAACCCAGGGUGAAGCCAAAGCUGAGGCCCAUGACGCCCGAAAGGAAGAUGAGCCCCGACAGGAGGGAGCCCGGGUCCCCUCUGCGUAGCGAACUCACGCCGCCGUCCAACCCGAACCCCCACGUGAAGGCCAGGCCGGGGCUAGCAGAAACAGAGGCCAGGCCGAGGCCAGUUGAGACACAGGCUGGGGAAGAGGCAGCGGCGAAGCCCAGGGCUCCGUCGCCGCCGAAACCCAUGCGCGCCGUCAUGGCACCGCUGCGCCUGACGCAACGGCACGCGCCUGAGACUCGACCGCCUCAGCCCCAGAAAGGACAGCGCGUUCCAGACGUCUCGCUGAGACUGGGCGCUCCAGAGACCGCGACCAAGGCGGAUCGCUCCAACGGACAGGCGCUGGCCGCCAAGUCGAAGCCUCCGCCCUCCCUCCCACCUACCCUCCCACCUACUCCCUCGUCCCCUAAACCCGUUCUCGUACCCAAGACGCGGAAACAUCGACCCGAGUCCAUCGAGAUGCCGCCUCCGAGGAUCAUCAGCCGCUCCGCAACGGCAGUCCUCUCGCCUGUGCCGACGAGACCGGCCUCCCAAGCCAAGCUGCGACCACCCACCCCUCCUCAACCCCGCGGCGCUAGUUCGACCGCAAAGCCGGCAGCUCCUCCUCGAGCCACGGCACCGUUGCCUGUGAAUGACGCCAACCUCGCUGCUCUCAGCAACGGACGUCGGGUAAGCACGAUUGCAAGGCCGACAACAUCGGGGACCAGCUCGUCCAACGAGACGUUCGUCUCGGCGUCCUCGACCCAGACACCGCGGCCAGCAUCGCCCAUACCUCGUCGGGAGCUGCCGCCGCGGCCCUCGUCCACGACCAGCAUGCCUGUCGGCUCGCCAACAAGGCCCUACACGCCUUCGCUCCCUCGCCGCCACCCGGCGGCCGUGUCAACGAGCAGCCUCCCCCUGCACUCGCUCUCCAACGCCAUCAUGGCCGGCUCCCUCGCCGCCGCCCGGCUGACGCCCAGCAACACGAGCGCCAGCGGUCACAGCCCGGCGCCGCCUCUGCCGCGCCGCCACCACGCCAAGUCACCGCGCCUGCGCCAGACGCUCCGGCAGCCGGCGGCGCAGUCGGACGACGAGGAGACGCGCCGCAAGAAGAAGCACCACGGCUCGCACUCGAACAAGAAGCACUUUCACCACGAGGGCGCCCGCCGCCGCUGGCGCGAGGAGAUGACGCCGCGCGAGCGCAAGCGCUACGAGGCCCUCUGGGCCAGCAACCGCGGCCUGUUGCACGACAAGAUGGCCCCCGGCCCCCGCGCCGCCGCCGCCGCCGACCUCGUUCUGAACGUCGUCGUGCGCGAGAUUUGGCGCCGGUCGCGCCUGCCGGACGACGAGCUCGGCGAGGUCUGGGACCUCGUCGUCGGCCAGAGCGCCGGCGCGCUGCCGCCGGGCAUGCUGGGCAAGCAGGAGUUUGUCGUCGGCACCUGGGUCGUCGACCAGCGGCUCAAGGGCCGAAAGAUCCCCGCCAAGGUCGGCGCCAGCGUGUGGGACAGCGCCAAGGGGGUCCGCGUCUGGACGCCCAAGGCCAAGGAGGCGCGGAGGAAGUAG